UAACUCAUUCAUUAUUGAAACAUCAACGUAGCUGAACGUUCAAACCAACAAUGGGCGACUUACGUAUUAUUCAAUUGUUUUACUCAGUAGCAAUUGUAAUCCUUGCUAUUGCCUGUCUUUGUUCUGUUUCUGCGGAAGGUCAAAAGGCUAACGAAGGAACAUGUUCUGCUUCAAGUGGUGACUGCCGCGUCAAUAAAAAUUACCUUUUGACGAAUAUUGAAACCAGUCAUUUCCACGAGAAACCACAAAAGAAAAUGGAUCUGAUGUACUCUUCUCCACUUGCAUCAACCUUUGAGUAUUUAACCCGAUUGUUUUAUAAAGAGACCUCAUUACGCGAUCUUUUUAAAGAGUUUUACGAGGCAGAUAGACGUAAUGCUGAGCUAAGUUGUGAGUCGGACGGAAAAGACGAGGAAUACAAUUUUAUUGUAGUUGGAGGUGGUUCCGCUGGUUCCGUUGUAGCUAAUCGUCUUGCCAUGGAUUAUCACAAUUACAAGGUCCUUCUGCUGGAGAGCGGAGGGAAUCCAUUUCCGUUAUCUAACGUUCCAGGUUUGGUGUUCGAUCUAAUGAACAAUCCUGAGAUUGACUGGUCCGACAAAAUUGCACCUCAACGAAACGCUUGUCAGGCUUUUAAGGACAAUGGUUGCAUUUUCCAAAGAGGCAAAGGUAUCGGAGGCUCAUCUAACUUAAACUUUAUGGUUGCCAUGCGUGGAAAUCCAAAUGAUUACGAUAGGUGGGCAAAUGAGACCGGUGAUGAACGGUGGAGCUACGAAAGUCUAUUGCCAUUUUUCAAGAAAAUGGAAAGCUAUCGGGGAGACUUUCCCAUUGAUGAUGUUCAUGGUACGGAUGGUCCAAUGAACAUCGAAGUUAGCCGAUUUGCUCCACUAACUGAAGAAUGGUUAGCAGUCGGCAAAGAAUUAGGUUUUGAUAUUAAAGAUCCCAAUGGUGUUGGACAAGAGGAAGGUUUUUUCCCGCAUGCGUUCACUAUGAAAGAUGGAACGAGAUUUAGCACUCAACGAGCAUAUAUUUAUCCAGCGGCACGGAGGCCGAAUCUAACCAUCCGACCUUACUCCACUGCCAAUAAAAUAAAGUUUGAUGAUACCAAUCGCGUACAGGGAGUUUACUACGAGACUACAAAGACUGAUGGAUCGCGAGUUACACGAUUUGCAUCUGUCAAUGGGGAAGUGAUAGUCAGCGCGGGAACAUUGGGCUCCGCCAAACUCUUGAUGUUGUCUGGUAUAGGUCCAAAAAUGCAUUUGGCCCUCCAUGAUAUCGCUACGCGCGUAGACUUGCAAGUUGGUCAAGGACUCCAAGAUCAUGCUCUGUUUUUCGUAGGACCAUUUUCCUAUGACAGAAGCAAGACGGCACAACCGAAUUUUGAUGCUGAUCUUAAUGAAGACACCUUACACGAGUUUUUGAAUGGGGGAACAGGCCCAUAUGCUGCAUUUGGUGGAGCUGGUUUAAGUGGCGGUGCACUUAUAGCAAGUUCGUUCGAUACAAAACAUUAUCCGGGUCUCUACUAUAACUUUCAAAAUUUAAAAAUGCGAAACGACACUGCCGACCUCUUCCAAAAAACAUUCGGAUACAAGGACGGCGUUCUACAGAAGUACUAUGCCUCGCUUGUUGGUGAAGAUGUUUUCUUCUUUGUUCUUUCUCUGAAUCUACCAAAGUCUGUGGGACAGGUAAAGCUCAGAAGUAAAAAUCCUCGUCAACGACUUUACAUCGAUCCCAAUUAUCUCGAUGAGAAGCAAGAUGUUCAGACAGUCCUGGAAGGUGUAAAGUUUGCGUUAAAAAUGGCCGAGACUGAAACGAUGAAAAAGAUUGGUGCGAAAUUGACACCAGAAUUAUUCCCCGGAUGUGAAUCGCAUGGUAACUCCGAUAAGGAUAAUGACGCGUAUUGGGAAUGUUACAUUCGACAUGUUACGCAAACAAUGUGGCAUUACACUUCCACCUGCAGAAUGGGAUUUCCACUCGACAAGAAUACAGUAGUUGAUGCCACGUUAAGGGUGGUUGAAACCACAGGACUAAGAGUUAUUGAUAACUCGAUUCAGCCAUCUAUAGUCACAACAAACACAAAUUUGCCUGCUAUACUAAUUGGCGAAGUGGGAUCUCACUUCAUUUUGAAAUAUUACGAGGCAGCGCUAGGUUAUUGAUCUUGUUGAACAUAUCAUUCCUUUGCUACAUUGCACGCAUUUAUGUAUGCGAUGGAAAAUAAAUAAAUUUAUAUUU